ACCGCUGUGCUGUAUGACGACUUGCCGUGCUGCGUGAUGCGUCACAUGUACAUGUUUAUGACCACAUUCACAUGACAUUCGCUGAUCACUGCUAGAUAGUCACUGCAGCGCAUCGUAGCGACGCGCAGCGUUGGCAUUCACGUCAACUCCACAACGAGAGAGAAGGUGCCACACACCAGCAGCAGCAGGGCCGUUCAGCAACAUAUUGUUCACGGCACUAGACUCAUGAUCCGUCACGGAACAUGGCGACUUGCUCGUCGAGCUGGGGUUGCUUUGGCUAUGCCGAGGGUACGGUCGCUUCACGAAGGAAGGGCUGUGCUGGACGUGAGCCUCGGCGAGCGUGAUCACGUAAUCCAGGUUUUCGGCGCCAACACGGACGUGGGCAAGACGGUCAUCACGGCGGGUCUCCUGCGUGCCGCCGCGUUGCAGGGCCUGCGCGCGUCGUACAUCAAGCCCGUCCAAGCCGGCUCCCCCUCGGACGCUGUCUUCGUCUCACGACACGCCAACGUCGGGGCCUCCGCUGCCGCCGCCAGCGGCAAGCCCGGCGGCGUCGCUCCGCCGUUGUGUCGCACGUCCACGCUCUUCGACUACACCGAUCCGGUGUCCCCGCACCUGGCGGCCGAGCGAGACGGCGGCGAGAUCGCCUCGGACACCGAAAUCGUCGAGGCUAUCGUCGAUGAAGUCAAGGCGAUCCUGUCGAGCGACGGCCGCGGCAGCGGCGGUGCCGACGACAAGGCGGAGGGAGACGCCGGCAGCCCGACGACCCCCAAACCUUCUUCCUCCUCCUCGUCUUUGGGGAGCUUGGUGUUGGUAGAGGCCGCAGGCGGUGUCCUGAGCCCCGCGCCGUCGGGGUCCCUCCAGGCGGACACGUUCCGCCCGAUGAGGCUGCCGGUGCUGCUGGUCGGCGACGGGAAGCUGGGAGGCAUCGGCGCGACCUUGUCCGCGCUCGAGUCGCUGAGAACGCGCGGGUAUUCCGUCCUCGGAAUCGCUCUCCUCGCGCAAGAUGAACACCUUGGCAACGCAGACGCUGUGUCAAGCCACGCGGGACCGAUCCCGGUCUUUGAACUCCCGGCCCUCCCCCCGCGUGACGUUCCACUCGAGCCCUGGUACGACGACGACGCCACCGCGCGGGGUUUCCAGACCCUGCUCGGCGGCCUGUCGGAGCGGCGUGUCGCCGAUGCGGCCUGCCUGGCGGGGAUGAAGGCUCGCGGGCACAGGGCCCUGUGGUGGCCGUUCACCCAGCACGACCAGCUGAGCGAGGGCAAGGUUAAUCUGCUGGACUCGGCGUACGGGGACUACUAUUGCGUGGCGGAUGUUGACGAGGGUGGGGGCAAGGGGGAGGGGGUCCCACAAGGUUGCACGCUGUCCCCAACAUUGUUCCAGGUGUUCAUCAACGAUCUGUUGGAAGUCGUAGAGGCAGUCCGGAAGGGAGUAAAAGUAGGGGACAAGGAUACGUCGGUGUCAGGAAUGCUGUUCGGGGAUGAUUUUGUCGUUGUGAACCAGUACACAUACCUCGGAGUCGAGAUCGCAAAAGACUGCUCGUGGAAUGCACACGUGUCCAAGGUAGCGGAAAAGGGCAAAGCACGAGCAGGGAAGCUGCACCCAAUACUCGCAAACCGGCACCUCGAUACACGCAUCAAAUUGACGGUUUUGAAGAACACUCGAGUGUCGCACCGCGCGCUGGUGGACGCGUGUGCGUCGUGGUGGACCCAAGGGGCUGGUCAUGGAAAUCCGGGGAUGGCGUUGGCGGUUGCGGAGGCCGCCGGCCGAUACGGGCACGUCAUCUUUCCGGGAAACAUACACGCGCCGGCGCUGGAGGUCGCGGAGAGGCUGGUGGAAGGGCCGGGCAGGGGUUGGGCGUCGCGGGUGUUCUUCACAGACAACGGCUCCACCGCAACCGAGGUGGCCAUCAAGAUGGGCUUCAGGCGAGUGAGGCAGAGGAGAGAGUGCCGCACGGAAAAGCGGAAGCGUUUUUUGAAGGACCGCUUCGGGCUAUCGGAACCCCCGUCCAAAACGCGCCUCUCGGUGGUCGCGCAGGCGGGGUGUUACCACGGGGACACCCUUGGCGCCAUGAAUGUGGCCGUCCCGUCUGUUUUCAACCGGGGGCAGCACGCGUGGUACCAGGCGAACGGGCUCUUCUUCGAAACACCUAACGUCUCGUGGAGGGACGGGUGCUUCAACGUCGCGAUUCCGACGCCGAUGCAUGCGGCCGCGCUUGCGAAGGCGGCCGAGGUUGAGCUCGCGUCAGAGCUGAUACUGGAGUCUCGCGACGCGGCGUUCGAGUUCGGGACGCGAGACGCCGGGGCGCUGGCGGACGUGUACCGGGCGCACGUGCGGUCGAAGAUGGACGAGUUUGAGGCCGAUGAAGGUUCGAUUUUAGGGUCCCUGCUACUGGAGCCGCUGGUGAUGGGCGCCGGCGGCAUGGUGUUCGUUGACCCGCUUUUCCAGCGGGUGCUCGUGCAGGAGUGUCGCGCCCGCGGCUUGCCGGUGAUUUUCGACGAAGUGUUCUGCGGGCUCUGGCGCCUAGGGGUGGAGAGCUCCCGGGAGCUGCUGGGCGAAGACCCCGACGUGUCCUGCUACGCCAAGCUGCUGACGGGGGGGCUCGUGCCGAUGGCGGCGACGGUGGCGACCGAGCGAGUGUUCGACGCCUUCAGCGGCGCAAAGCUUGAAAAGAGCUCCGUCUACCCGGGCACGGGCGGUCGGAUGUCCGACUCAUGGGACGAGCAGGCGGUGCGGGCCCUGUCGAGGCUGCCGACCGUUGACCGCGCCUUCGCCCUGGGGAGCGUGCUCGCGAUUGAGAUGAAGGCCGCCGACCGAGGCUACGACUCGCACGGAGCGGCAGAGGUAGUGCAGCGACUGCACGAGUCCGGGGUGUACGCCAGGGUGCUGGGCAACGUGGCGUACGUGAUGGUCUCGCCAAUCACGCCGGUGGAAGCUUGCGAAGGUUUGAUGGCCACCGUGACGGGCGUGCUGAGGGGUCUCGGCGAGGAUGGCGACGUCGGCGGCAGCGGGAAGGCGGAUUCCGAGUCGGACUCCGUCGCAUACAGUAUUUGAUCCUUUCGUGUUUGCUCCAUGGUGGUUGUAGUUGUUGGGCUCCCUUCCCAUACAUAGGGGUCCAACAAAAAUAAAUAAAUUAUUUCGCGCGAGGCGCGAAAAGAAGGGUCGGAGAGAGACAUCAAAGCAAGCGUAGAUAUAUAGGGAUGGAGCCUACGCCACCACGAAGGUCACCAGUGCGCACGCUCACACCUCACCCGAUACCACCAGUCAGUCAGGGGAUGAAUGGGAGCGCUGUUUAGCCUUCAUUAUCAUCAGCUCAGCGGCAGGCAGCAGUGCUGCCGCUGCUGCUGCUGCUGCUACUACUGUGCAUGGGUGCGCACGUGCUUUCUGCGCUUUCGCUACUGGCAGAGGGCAACGGGCUCUAAAAAUUGGCCCCGACCCCUCCCACGACGUGUGUAUUUGGCCCCCUUGGCCCACAGCGCUGUGUACGUCUCACUUGUCUCUGUUUCUGGGGUGCGUCUGUUGUGGACGCAACGAUCGGCCGGCAGACGAAGAGACCGCAGACAGAGAUCUGACUUGUGUGCACUCGCAUGUUUCCUCGCUUACGCUACUAGCAGUCGGCCUCGGGGUCUAAAAAUAGCUUCCGACGCCAGCCACGAUGUGUGCCUUUGGCCGGCCUUGGCCUACAGCAGUGUGUAGGCCUCGUUUUCUCUGUUGUGGGGAUGCCUCUGUGCGGGAAGCUCCAAAGAUCGGUAGGUUGAGGGUGAUGCAGACGGACCGCGGAUUGACUUGCGUCGUCACUCGAUUGUGCUGCCGACAGCAGGCAACGGGCUGCAAGAGUCAUACCCAACGCCUCCCGUGAUGUGUGCCUUUUGCUGCUCUUGGCCUACAGCUGUCCGGAUACUGCUGUGCUGGUUGUCUCGUAUGUUGUCUAGGUGAUGUGUGUGGUGCUGCUGUCAAGAGGAUUUCGGUGAUUCUGCCGAGAGCGUCGCGCCCAUCGCCCCAUCAUCUGUCUUCAUCUGUCUCUGUCUUACAAAAUGUCUUACAAACUCGACAGGUGAUUGGUGGGAGUUGCCUAUCUGCCCGGCUCUACCCAUCUAAAACAUAGAUAAUUGUUGGAAGUUUUUCCGUGUUUUACGAAAAAAUUGCCCUAUCUAUGGGUGCUAUCCCAGUUUUUCUAGUCUACAGUUGGUUUUGUGGCGGGGUGCAGAGUUAGGUGGAGGUACGGCUGUGGUAUGCUUGUUGGCGGAGCGAGGGUGUGGAGGCGAGUGUUGCUUCCGGAAACUAAUAAGGUCGGGCAAGGUGUGGGCUUCGGCUUGGUAGUUGGUGAGAAAUGUGGUAUUCCGCGCGAUCAAAGAGAGAGGAUGAUCGCCGCAAGGAUAGCAGCACCUAGACCAAAGAGAGCAUGGAAAGCACAUGUUGUGACGUGGUCGGUGCACCUUAUUUGUGUCUGUUGUGUCAAAGGAUUGUUCGUUUAUCAGAGACAGAGAAUGUUGCGUCCAGCAGAGAGCAGCUUCUCCUCUGAUUGGGAUAUCUACCAAGCUCACGUACCAUGGACAUGUAGACGAAAGCAGUUGCGCUAAAAACGCUCCUGUGUCACCAACACUGCGCUGCUCUUCACUGGAAACAUCCUGCAGCACAAACACAAAACUAACUCUCACCGGAAAUAUUUACUUAAAAGGUACGACUCUCGUUUUUUCUCAUCAUCCGCGUGAAAGCGAAAGGAAUGAAUGA